AAGAUUACAUAGAUGUGUUCCAGCGGCUGCUGGAGGAUAUUGAACAGCAGAUGAGUAGCUGUGGCAUCACGAGCUACGGUAUCUCGCUCACAACGAUGGAGGAAGUUUUCUUAAAAGCUGGUAGUGAUAGUUUCGAUGAAACCGCCAACCACACCACCAAUGGGUCCGUUAUUGAAACUACGAACCGAGAAUAUGCCCUGGGUAACCUGGUGCUACUAACAGGCAAGGAGCUGUACAAGAACCAGAUUUGGGCGCAAAUUCUCAAAAAGUUUCUCUCGACCAUUCGCGCCUGGAAGCAGCUGCUUAUGAUGUUCCUUAUACCGAUCUUCUUCGUGUGCAUCACGUUCAUCAUCACGCGAAGCAUAUCAGCCGGGGUGGACCUCCCCUCGCUUGACAUCGCAAUGGACUCAUACGAGAAAGCGAUUACCGUGCUGGAGCGUUCGAGUGGUGAGACGACACGAGUCGAAGCAUAUCAGAGGAUGUUUGAACUACGCCAAGCCGAACUCAUAAAUAUCGACGAAGAUAUGACGGAGUACAUUGUGCGAAAGUCCAAGGAAGACAUAUCGACCGUCAACACGCAGUACUUUGUUGGUGCCACCAUCACCAGUGGACAACCUUACAUUGGAUGGUUCAACAAUAAGGCCUUCCACACGGCACCGCUAGCGCUCAGUCUUCUUUUCAACGCCAUCCUGCAGUCAAGUUGCCCCCAGUGUGAGAUCACGGUCGUCAACAAGCCGCUACCCUAUCGUCUGGAAACUCAGCUCAAGAAGCUCAACACGGGGCUGAACACGGGCUUCCAGCUGGCGUUCAACACCGGCUUUGCGAUGGCAUUCGUGGCUGCCCUGUACAUUAUGUUCUACAUCAAGGAGCGGACAUCGCGCGCCAAGUUGCUGCAGUUCGUCAGUGGCACUAACGUUGCCCUGUUUUGGGGACUGGCGUUCCUGUGGGAUUACGCGCUGUUCGUGUUGAACAGCUUGGUGUACAUUGCCACUGUGGCCAUCUUCCAGGAGGAUGGUUGGUCAUCGUUCGAGGAGCUUGGCCGUGCGUUCCUGCUGCUGCUGUUCUUCGGCUUUGCCUCGCUACCGGUAACCUAUCUGUUCUCGUUCAUCUUCAACGUAUCGGCCACCGGGUUCGUGCGGAUGAUGUUCGUCAAUGUGCUGUCCGGUGCGAUCUUCUUCACGACGGUCAACAUCCUCAAGUUCGAUGGUAUUGAUCUGAACGAUGUGGCCGAAGGGCUCGAGUGGGUGUUUAUGUUUUUCCCCAACUUUGUGCUCAGCCAUGGGUUGAACAAUCUCAACCAGGCCUCGAGCACGAUCUCGUUCUGUACGCGCACCUGCGAACAGCUGCUUGGGAAAUGCAGCGAAGAGCAACUGUGUAGCUUCGAUGAUCGCUGCUGUGAUCUGAGUUUGUUCUCCUUCGGAAAACUCGGUAUCAUCCGUAACCUUCUGUUCUGUUUGCUCAUCGGAUGCGCUAGCUUUGCGCUGCUCUUUGGCUUGGAGUAUGGUCUGGUACAGCGGCUGUUCCACAGGAAGAAAGCUGGAGCAACGAAUUCGAUCAACGCGGAUCACCCCGGGGCCAGCUCGGACAUGGAUUCGGACGUGCUGGAGGAGAAGCGCCGCAUACAGAAUCUCAGCCGCGGGGACAUCGAUGGCCACAAUCUACUGCUGCGUGAUGUGAGCAAGUACUACGGUAACUUCCAAGCCGUCAACAAACUGUCGAUCGGCAUAAACCACUCAGAGUGCUUCGGAUUGCUCGGAAUCAACGGCGCCGGUAAGACGACAACCUUUAAGAUGAUGACUGGAGAUGAAGAGAUUUCCUCCGGAGAUGGUUGGGUGCGUGGAAACAAUCUGCGCACGGACAUGAACCGAGUGCACCGGCAGAUCGGUUACUGUCCCCAGUUUGAUGCACUGCUCGAUGAUCUUACGGGCCGAGAAACGUUGCGGAUCUUUGCCCUGCUGCGCGGAGUGCGUAGUAAGGAAAUUAAAAACGUCUCUUACAUUUUGGCCGAAGAACUGAACUUCGCCAAGCACCUGGACAAACGGACCGUGGCGUACAGUGGCGGUAACAAGCGAAAGCUUAGCACAGCUCUCGCACUGUUGGGCAACCCAUCGGUGGUUUAUCUCGAUGAACCGACCACCGGUAUGGAUCCGGGGGCGAAGCGACAAUUCUGGGACGUUAUCUGCAAGGUGCGCAGCACUGGUAAAUCGAUCGUGCUCACAUCGCACAGUAUGGAAGAGUGUGAAGCCCUCUGCACCCGGCUCGCCAUCAUGGUGAACGGAGAGUUCAAGUGUCUCGGUUCGACGCAACAUCUGAAGAACAAGUUCUCGAAAGGAUUUCUGCUGACGGUCAAGGUAAAACGCAGCACACCGGAAGCGCAACAAAAGCGAGUCACAGGAGUAAAGGACUUUGUUACGAAUCGGUUCGCCGGUGCCAUCUUGAAAGAGGAGUAUGAGGAUUCGCUAAGCUUCCACAUUCCGGUGACGGAUCUAAAGUGGUCCCAGAUGUUCGGGCUGAUGGAGAGCCACAAACAGGAGCUGGAAAUCGACGACUAUGCCCUUGGCCAGACCUCGCUCGAGCAGGUGUUCCUAUUUUUCACCAAAUAUCAACGCGAGGUUGAUUAAACAAUAGGCGCAUUACUGUAAUGAGUAUCUCACUGCUGAAAGGCCCUGUGACGUAGAUGAACUUGUAUAUAAGUUACAUUUUUAUUUUGAAUAUUCUCAAUCCUCAAUAUCGACACCAAAAUAAAAGUGGAUCAUUAAUUUAUAAAUUGA